CACCAAAACGUAGGCGCUUACGUCCGCACGCAUAUCGUUAUAGAAACUAACUCGAUCCCACCUUCACUCUCGCUAUAAAUUGGAUUGAAUCAGCCGUUCAUUUGAUCAAAAUCAGUAGAAGAAACUAAAACAAAUGGCUAGAGUUCCAAGAGUGAAACUGGGUUCACAGGGUUUAGAGGUCUCAGCUCAGGGUUUAGGCUGCAUGAGCAUGUCCGCUUUCUACGGACCUCCCAAACCUGAACCUGACAUGAUCAAUCUCAUCCACCACGCCGUUAACUCCGGUGUUACCUUUCUCGACACCUCCGAUUACUACGGCCCCAAAACCAACGAAAUCCUUCUUGGCAAGGCUUUGAAAGGGGGGAUGAGGGACAAAGUGGAGCUCGCUACCAAAUAUGGGAUCAAACUCAGCGGUUCGUGGGAGGUAAAAGGCGAUCCCGCCUACGUUAGGGCUGCUUGUGAAGCUAGCCUCAAGCGACUUGACGUCGAUUGCAUUGAUCUCUAUUAUCAGCACAGGAUAGACACCCGUGUGCCCAUUGAAAUCACGAUGGGUGAACUAAAGAAGCUGGUGGAAGAAGGAAAAAUUAAAUAUGUCGGAUUAUCCGAGGCAUCAGCAUCGACCAUCAGAAGAGCUCAUAGUGUCCAUCCAAUAACUGCCAUACAACUAGAAUGGUCCUUGUGGUCAAGGGAUGUUGAAGAAGAUAUUAUACCUACUUGCAGAGAACUUGGGAUAGGGAUUGUUGCAUAUAGUCCUCUAGGACGAGGGUUUUUCGCAUCUGGUUCAAAGAUGAUGGAGAAGCUCGAAGAUGGUGACUAUCGUCCGAACUUUCCAAGGUUCCAACCUGAAAAUCUUGAACACAACAAGAUCCUGUAUGAGAGGGUUAGUGAAAUUGCGUCAAAGAAGGGGUGCACAACUUCACAACUAGCAUUGGCCUGGGUUCACCACCAGGGAAAUGAUGUUGUGCCUAUUCCAGGAACCACCAAGAUAGAAAAUCUUGAACAAAAUAUUGGAGCUUUAUCUGUUAAGAUAACGCCAGAAGAGAUGGCUGAACUUGAAUCCACAACUCAUUUAGUAAAGGGGGCUCGAUGUAAUGCCGGUACUCCAACAUAUCUAGACUCUGAAACUCUUCCAUUGCCAUCAUGGAAAUCUUAAUUUAUCAAUGAUAUGAGUCUUUUGUUUAUCCUGUGUUGCUAUACCCAACAUAUCAUAUUCAAUUUCCAGUAACGUGCUUAAGUUUUUAAAACUUGGUUAUACUUUAUCUACAUAUGGUUUCAUGAUGUAUGUAACUCGAAGAAGAUGAAAUAAAAGGUUGUUUUAAGUGGCGAAGUA